AUGAAUUUGAAGAGAGAGUUGAGGAAAGUUCACGGCGAUGGGGGUACGGGUCAUCUUGAAGUCUGUUUUGAUGAAAAAGGAAGACACAUGGCGACGUGUGGAUUCGAUGGUGAAGUGAAGGUCUUCAAUGGUUAUGACGAUAAGGACCCUUCGUCGUUUCUUAUCGGGGAGGUGGUCUAUGCUAUUGCUGUUAAGGGUGGUCGUUUGUAUGUGGCUGGCGAUGACAACUCCAUUCAGUCGUUCAUACUGGCCGAUUCGUCACUAGAUGGCAUCUUGCUGAGGUUCACCAGUCACGUCAACCACUUCUGCUUCAAUAAGAAGGGGGAUAAUGACUUCAUGUUGAAGAUGUUGGAUCUGACAACAAAGUCGCAAACAGACUUUAAGGGGCACGAAGCUCCCGUACUCUCCGUGACCAUCCAUCCAUCCGAUGAUGACGUCAUCGCCUCCUCCAGCUGUGAUGGAACCGUGAAAGUCUGGAAGUCUUCCGAAGGCAAAUGUCUGCGCACAAUCAAAUGUCUCCCAAAGUCAAACAGCUUCGAAACAUCAAAAACACUGGCUAGGAUCGCCUUCACUGAUGACGCUAAGUACUUGCUGGUACCUGGCGUUGACAAGAUCCUUGCAUACAGUGCUAAGGAGUGGACCAUUGCAUUUGAGUUGAAGGCUGACGUUGAGAACAACCAGGUCAGUUCAUGGUCACUGGUCAGUGUGGGAUGGUUUUGGCCUUUGGUCAGUGUGUGGUCAGUUUUAAGUGGUCACUGGUCAGUGUGGGAUGGUUUUGGCCUUUGGUCAGUGUGUGGUCAGUUUCAAGUGGUCACUGGUCAGUGUGGGGUGGUUUUGGUCACUGAUCAGUGUGUGUCGUUCUCAACAUUGAGCUUAUCAGCAGAUGGACGCUACGUUGCAUCAUCACGAGGGCAGGAAGGAGUGUCUGUGUGGGAUGUGAGGGAGAAGAAGAUGGUCAAGAGAGGGGGUGAGGGUGGGAAACAGGUUGUGACGAGCGUAUGCUGGCACCCGACCAAUCACGAGGUCGCAUUCUGCAAUAACCAGGGCUACAUGGGCCUGUUGAGGAACCCUGUUGAAGUUACUGAGGGCAGCGUCAUUCAAGAUGGCGGGAGAAGUGCUGGGGGCACAAGUGCCAGCCAUGCUGGUAGGCAGACAGUCGGCGAUUUAUUUGGAGACGAUGACGAUGAUGCCGACCUGCUCGUUGCCGUUGCAAAUGAUGCUGACGAUGAUGAUGCUGAUGAUCAUCAUCAUCGUCAGAACAACAUGGGUGAUGAUGACGAUAAAAAACACGAUGACGGUGUGGAUGAUGAUGAUGAUGCUGGAGACGGGGGUAUUCCUGGCGUUGAUACAGAUGGUGAAGAGGAAGAAGAAGAUGAUGCUGAUGAGGAGGGAGGAGUGAAGAAGAGGAAGAGGAUGACCAACAUUCUGGUGGACGAAGAAGCGUCCAAUAGAGGUCACCUAACCAUCGCAUUCACCUUCGUAAUCAUCCAAGCAAACACUGCACCAACUACAGAUUGGCCAGAAAGUUUGACAGACCUGCCGAUAAGCAGCACUGAGAUUUCGACGCAGCAGGUUGGCGGGGAUGGCAGCAGUAGCAGGAAGUCAUGGCAGCCCGUUGACAUGCAGAAGCCAUUCAUACCAACUUCCUGUCCUAAGGGACUGGUGUCUCGCUUUAUGGUCUGGAACGAGAUAGGUCGAGUGCAGCAGUACACGAACUUUGAAGACGAGAGUGGCGAACGGACGAUCAACGCCGAGUUCCACGACUCAUCCAUCCACCACACCAUUCACAUCGACAACUCGACACACAACUUCAACAUGGCAGCCCUCAAUGAGGAGGCUCUUCUGCUUGCUUCUGAAGCCCAGGAAGCCACUGCAAGCCAGUUGUUAUGCAUGCACUUUUCAACAUGGGACACAAACAAGGAGUGGUCAAUGGCAAUGCCUGAUGGCGAAAGCAUCGUAGGGAUGUGCCUGGGGGAAAGGUGGCUGGCCGUGGCUACGAACGUGAGGUUGGUGAGGGUAUACUCGGUCGGGGGAGUCCAGAAGGAGGUCUUCAGCCUGACCGGACCCCUGGUCACCAUGGUUGGGUGUUUGGAUCUCCUGGCUGUCAUCUACCAUGAGGCUAUGGGCAUACCGGGCGACCAGUGCAUGUCCUUCAUGCUGCUCUCAACCAGCAAGAUGAGGUUGUUGGCCAGUGGCAGACUGCCAUUGACCAGCAAGUCCACAGUGGCUUGGGCUGGGGCCAUCUUCUGCAAGGGCUCCAAGUACCCAUCCACCCUGCCACUGCCCAUCGUUCAGAUACUUCCAUUCAAGCUGCCCUACUGCGAGAUGAACACUGACAAGUCUAUAUUGGAGGAGCAAUAUUGGCGCACACGACUUCUGUCCAAUCAUUUCAAGUUUUGGAAAGUUCAAGGUUACCACUUCGACCAAUCAGAAGAGAGUAGGAUGGGAACGCUAAUGAAGGAGCUUCUGAUGAAACUGUUUGCUCUGUCCUGCAGGUCGAACAAGGAGGUUCGUGCAGUUGAACUCGGGGAGAUGAUGCCCGAUGUCAAGACGCUGCAACUGGCUAUCAGGUACGCCUCUCAGAAAGGUGAAACGAUGAUAGUUCACAAGUUGAAUGACCUCGCCAGGUCAAAGGUCGAAAAGGAUAACGAAGAUGACGAUGAGGACGAAAAGGUUGUAACUGCCAAUAACAACAACAACAAUGACGAUGAUGACGACGAUGACGCCAUGAAGAUGAAGAUGAUGAGGAUAAUGAGCAAAAGAAUGAAGGAGCAGCGUGUCAGCUGUGAGGAGAAACCCCUGGCUCUCAAACCUGCAAAAAUUCUGUUCGGUUUUUUUUCAUUAUUUUUUCUCAUAAACGCAUCAUCUGCAGGCUCCAAGUUUAAGCCAUCCAACGAGAAAGAUCUCACUGAGGUGGAUGACGAUGAAGUUGAUCAAGGACUUGAUGAAGAUGAUGCCGACGACGAUAAUCAGAUAGAGAAGAAUGACAGUGGUGAUGACGAAGAUGAAUAUGAUGAUGGCGGGGCUGUAGAAAAUAGCGAUAGUGAGAAAGAGCAAGUUGAUGCAUUCAAGAAGCCGGGAACCAUCGCUGGCAAGAAGAGGAACAAACUCAGCAAAAAAACUUCUUUGUCCGAUUCCAUGACUUUUAAGGAAAUAAAGAAUCCCUUCAAGGUUGCAUCGAACGACAUCGGAAGUACCACCAACAACAAACCGCCACAGACACAACCACGAGGUUCCAGCAUUUUUGACAACAUGGAAAAACCCAAAUCAUCGAGAGUUUCAGCGAAACUGAGCUCUGGGAAUUCCGAGGAUCGAAAAGAAAAUAAUGCAAAGAACGACUCAUCCACAUCUCUCAAGAAGCGGAAAAGAAAUGAAAACAGUUCACCAGAUCACGUGACGUCUGUGGGAGGGGCUAAGAAGUUAAAGGAGGUCAACAAAUCUUCGACAAAUCAGAAACUGUCGAGUUUCUUUUUUAAUAAAAACGAAUCGCAAUGA